AUGGCGAGCAGCGACGCCGAGGCGCUCGUGCUCGCGCUCGGGGAGCUGGCGGUCUCGCUGCGCAAGCGUCGAGGCGGCGGCAAUGCGGAGAAGCGCGCGGUGCUCAAGUGGCUGCGUGGCUUGAGCGGCGAGGAGCUGGCGUCGCUGUGCUGCGUGGAGGACGUGGGCUUCGUCAAGACGCUGCUGCACAUGGCGGCGCGCUCCAGAGGCUCCAGCGGCGGCGUACAAGAGUUCCAGCUGCUGCCACAGACAGUCGGUGCGGGUAGCGGUGUCCAGAGCAAGCGCACAGCGACCAAGACGCCGCCCCGAACGGCGCCAAGGGAAUUUGUGAAGCGGCCGGUGGUGAAGACUGCGGACGGAGACGUGGUGGGGAGUUUCUGCUCGAGAGAGUAUGAGGAGAGCAGUCGGAAGCUGCUGAGUGGAAUGAGAGUGCUCAAUACGCUGCAGUCGUGCGACACUGUGGCGUUGUCGAUGGAGUUUUUCCAUCCCGUGGAGAGGAAGAAGGGCGCGAAGUUUGCAGAGUGUUUCCAAUUGAUGGAGGUGAUCUCGCGGGGUGCUUUCUUGAUCGAGUGUCCGCCAGAGUCGACGUUGAAGAAUCGCGUGUGGGGAGAGACGAAGUGGCUUAAGGAGCAAGGAUAUUAUUCACUGCAGGCGUUGUUCGUCAAUCAAAUUGAACUCAAUGUUUGGGCAUUUUGGAAACAGCGCGUGAAAGAUGCUAGUACGAAAAUCCCCUUGCAAGGUCUUGCGUCCAAGCUUCAUUUAGUUCGUGAGUGGGAAGCUGCAAGUGACGCGCAACGGACGGCUGCCUUGAAAGUGCUAGGCGACAAGACAAUUUCGCACCUUCGCGAUUUAAAGCAGUCGGCGCCGAAACAUGAAGCUGCGGCGGCAAAUUUCUUAGCGGCGCGGUCGUCCUUGGAAGCUCUGAUGGACAUAUUGAAAGUGUUUCGACAAAGUGUGAGCCGAGGCGUGUCUGUGGAUAUCUGUUUUACAAGCUCGUUUGAAGACGCAAUCGCCACCCCGCAAGCAACAGUGAUCAAGUUAUUGCUUGCAGAGCACCUCCAAGAGCAAUGCUCGUUGCUGCUAUGUGAAAAGUUGUCCAAGGAGGAAGAGGUGUCCUCCGUUACGGCUGCAGGUGUCACUCUCACCCAUGGCGAGAAAGUCGUGGAGAGUGGAAACAAAACUAACGCUAAUCACUCCCAGCGGCGACGUGCAAGCCGCAAAAAGAUGAUGAAACUGAGGAAACGUGAAAGUGAAUUCCGCGCAGCUCAGCAGACACGAUUUAGCUGCGUACUUCAUGAACUUUGUGAACACUUCCGCAGGAAACAAGUAGAAGCGCUUGCGUGUGUCGAUACCGCUUUACGAGAUGUCAUUGGUACAGCUGUUGACCGCAGUCAGCUCACUCCAGGUGGAUGGAGCACUACCUCAGUGCCUACAGUUACGGAUAAUGUUCAUCCCAAGCAAAAGAAGAAAAGGAAGAAAGCGAGAAAGAAGAAGUCUGGCCAAGUGGAUGGCCGCCUGAAUGAUGAGUCGCCGCAAUCCCCUACAGCACGGAGCUCUUCAUCGAUUAAAAUUCACUCUCAUCGCCUAAGCGUCGAAAGGGACUCUGGUGAACACAGUGGUGCCACCACCGGUUCAGACUCAUCGCCAUCUCAACAUGAUCGGCCGCGUCUUCUGGACUGUGAUAGUGACAGUGGAAGUACCCAUGAUGAUGGUCCACGGCUGAGUUUCUUCUCGAAUGUUGGUACGACUGGGACAGCGGCGUCCUCAAUAGCCUCAGCUCCUGCGCUACCACUAUCGACGUUUGGAUCACAGCCGCUUUAUUCCUCGACAACUACUCCAUUUUUCCUCUCUCUGGCACCGCGCGAUCACCAUGUACAGUCACGAGUUCCUCGCCGAGCUAUCGAUGAUGAUGAAGAAGAAAAUCAAUCUUCACCGGAAGCACCCACAGAUGCUGUUCACGAGGUAUCGUCGACUUCGGAGUCGUCAAACUUCGAGUGGUAUCUACCAUCCGUCUUCUCGUUACAGACUUCAGCUCAUCGAACCGUUUCCCCAACUCCUGCAUUGGAUUGGCAUUUCAACCACUGGCAAUUUAAGACCCCAGAAAGCGGCAUUUCAGACAAGGGUGUGUCGUCAUCUGCCCCUGCAAUGGAUCCCCCACCUCCGCCUUCAUCUUCCUCAUCAACUUCUUCGGCUUCGUCACGGUUUGCUAACACGAGGAUAUCUGGGUCUACGAGAAAAUAUUCCUUGGCGUCAUUCUCGAAGAUAGCAGGAAUGGAUGCAACCAGGCGAGGAUCAACUCAAGUAUCUGACCACGAUAGGCAAGGUUUGACGGUCGCAUCGAUUCGCGAGCAUGGCGAUGGUACAUCCAGUGUCGCGGACAGUGACAACGAGUCCGACUUUCUGUAUCGGGAAGGGGGCUUCUUUGAUCGCCAACGCGCUAUCAAGCGUCGACGAAGGCCGUGGCCCUUUAGUUAUGCUCACGAGGAUGACGAGGAGGAGAUUGCCGAAGAGCAUGAUGCUCGUAAAGAGGGGCGUUCAAGUAUCGAUGAGAGUCCAAAGCGGUGUUUUAUAUCUGCAACUGGGAAGGGUGAUGCGUGGACAGAAUGUGCUCACUGCUGCAAGUGUGCGUGUCAUCGUGCUGCUGACCCUCCGAGUAAAUGUGACGAGGGCGAAGCGGAUAACAAUCUCAACAACGUUAGCCGCUGCGAAUGUGGUUCUGCAACGGCGGGCUCGUCCGUUAAGACGGAGAAGCCUGCUGAUAGUGAUGCCCUCGCAAAAAUCACGGCUAUAAUGGAGCGGAUGAAUCAGCUUGAGGACAAGCUGGCCGAGAACACCAAGGCUAUGGAUGAACAAGCGGCUAACGCAUCCUCGGAAAUUGCAACGCUAAACCAAACUGUGGCAGCCCUGACGGUCCAGCUACACAACGUCGAAAAUGACCUACAGGAGUUGCAACUCCAACAAGCGUCUGGCUCUGCCAAUACGGGCGGAUUGGAUGAUUCGUCUCUGGGCAAUGCAAGCUCCUGUACGUCUUCUCCAGCUCCGUUUUCGCCAGCUCCAUCGUCCAUGGAGCAGCAUGUGGAUAGUCCGCCUACCGCUGCGCCUCCUCUUCCAGAAACCUACGCUACAGCGAACUCCGCAAUGGGACCAUUCGUGUCAGUUCCGCUUUCCGUACUUCCUCCUCGGAGUAAGCUGCACUGGGAUCUGUGCGAGUUCGCUGCGCAGCUACAGGCAGACAGCGACGCCCGCCUUCCUGCUCAGCUUGCAGCACAACGGUUGUGUACGGCGACAGUGCAAUCAUUGUGGCCGCGUGCCCAAGUGCGGCCAUACGGGUCACAUGUAUCGCGGCUUGUGCUCCCUUCAAGCGAUGUCGAUCUCGUAAUCUGUCUGCCGAAGGUUCGUCGUGAUGCGCCUGCUGAUGCUGCUGGCGUACUGGAAGGGCGUAAUGCCAUCAAGGAGACGUGGCAGCAGAAUCUCGCGCGGAAGCUGAGGCAAGAACCAUGGGUUGUGCGUGAUUCAGUGAAGACACUACCCCAUGCUGCUGUUCCGAUCAUCACACUGCUCACAGCGCCGCCGUACAAUGUGAGGCUUGAUAUCUCGUUUGAAGGCCCCGGCCAUAAUGGGUUGGCCACCAACGACGUCGUGCUCUCACUUCUCCACGAGUUCCCGCCGCUGGCGCCGAUGAUGCUCGUAUUGAAAAGCUUCGCCAUUGAGCGCGGGUUAGCUGUUGCUUACUCCGGAGGACUCUCGUCCUAUGCGUUGCUCUUACUUGUGGCUCGCUAUCUCCAGGAGCAUAGCGACACGAUGCCGAAUGGCUUUGCAAAUGCGUCUCGCGCGGUGCAGCACAGCUUAUCGACGGUGCAGGCGGGCGUGGCUGACUUCGGUCUUAUGCUAAUGGGGUUUUUGGACUUUUACGGCAAUCGGUUCGAUCCUCGCACUACUGGUAUCAGCGUGGCUUCGCGGUGCUUCCUUAACCGAGAAAGCACCUUCAUGGCAGGCAUGGGCGACCCGCAUCAAGUGCCGCACCAGUAUCAGCAACAGUACGCUGCGGAUGACGCUGCUGUGGACGAUCGCACAAGUCAAUACGGAUACGCGCAGCAUUGGCAAGUACCUAUACAACCACACGGGCAGUCGCUAUCACCAAGUGCCGAGGCGGCUUCUGCUCAAGGUUUACGGCGGUAUGGUUACCGCUCAUCGUUAGACUUGCCGGCAUCUCGAGCACUGGACGGCAUGGGUGCCGCGACAGGUUUGCUGGACUACCAGCAGUUACAACAGCAGACGUACGAUCCGCACAAGUUUGACCCAGUGUUUAUCGAAGACCCCUUAUGUCCAAGCAACAACGUAGGGAGAAACUGUUUCCGCAUCAUGCAGAUCCGACGCGCGUUUUCGGCGGCACAUCUUGCGUUGCUCGCUGCGUCACGGGAUCCGACGGUGUUUGCGGAGAACCGAAUGGGGCUAGUGGCUGGCGUUGGACUCCACCCGGAUAAUAUUCUCCGCUCCAUCUUAGGACCUGGUGCUCUGGUUAAUGCGAAGCCUGAUGCCGCCACGUCUGCGGCAGUCGGUGCGACGACGUAUACUGGUGCAGUAGAGCACCCGUACGCGUUCCACCCUUACAACCACCACCAGCAGCAACAAUAUGCGUAUCACCACCAUCAUCAUCACCAGCCGCCGCGACAGGCUUAUCACCACGUUGGAAUUCCGCAGCCGCGCACUGUGAGCGCGUAUAGAAACGAUCCAGGCUCACGACGACACAGUGAGAGCGAGAGUGAAAAGCUGACAACACGCUCAGCAACUUCAACGGCUAGCCAUCAUCAUGAGUACACGCGAAAGAGGCACGUAGGCAGUCCACAGCUUGCCCCUCAACACCAGGGCGGUGAUAACCAUGCCGACGUACAAGCGCGCCUGCUUCGUCAAAGCUCCACGGAACGCGCUUACCCGCCUCAGCGUCAAUCGUCUCUCAAGCAGAUUCACGGCCAGAGGACGGUGAAAGUGCUGAGCCGAAAAAAUAGUGAGCGGUCGAUGAGCUUGUCCUUAAGCUUUGCGGACGUUGUGCGAGAUGGCGGGGGCGCUGGCGUAGGGGUGCCCAAGACGUCACCUCUUGCGCUUGCUCGACCGCCACGCUUUUCGCGUGACGACAUGGCACUGGAGGAGAGUAUCAACGAGCGGUGGGAGACAAAAGAUGACUCGGAAUUGAAGUGA